UCGAAAUUGUCAUUUGGUGUGAGGAAUUUGAAAGUGUGUGACGUGUAAACACAAAAUUAAAUACUAACGAGGUGAAACAAACUAUAUGCGAAAGUUAAACGCUGAAAUUAAAUGUAUUUUAUAAAAUAUUAUCUAAGUCAAGCAAAAAUUCUGUGCAAAAGUAAUAAAAGCAGCGUAGAUUUCAAACUGCGUAAUCAAAAUGAUAUGGAGUGUAUACAAAGUGUCGUUUGAAUUUCAUUUGACAGCUGUUGCGAAUGAUUGUAUGGGGAGCAGUGGACGCUAAUUGUCAGCUGAUUGGUGAGCUGUGCGCGGCAACAAACCAAAAUCCAAUUGUUGAAAAUUCAAUGUGGUUUCACCAUUAAUUGUUCAAGUGCACUUCUAAACUAUAAUAUUGUAAUUGUGAUGGAAAACCUGUGUAUGUGAAAUUUAAGUAAUAAAAAAAUUAAAAAAAAAAUCAAACUUCGGAACUGUAAUGAGAAUAAGAAGAUUUGCUGCGCUAGCUUUGUUAAAUUUAUUGAAUAAUUUGCUACACGUCUGGAAUUUGAUAGCUGUCCUUGAAAGGAAUUUUAUUUCUAUAUUACGGAGCAUACAUUUUUCAACACUCUUUUUCGUUGCAAUGGACGGCGAAGGUGGCGAACAACGUGAUCAUAUGGAACACGUACCAGGAGAACCUAUGGAUGAAGAUGAUGAGGAACCCGUGAUGGGUUUGGGAUAUGAUGUUGAUGACGAAGACGACGAAGAUGUUGACGAAGAGAAUGACGAUGAUGAUGCGUCGGACAUGUCUAGCGACACAGAUUCCGACUAUUUUGUUGAAAUGGAUAGCGACGACGCAUCUGAUAAUUAUAUACCUGGUUAUGGUGGUGAUUCUUCAACCAAUUCGGAAAGCGAAAGUGAAGUGGGCAGCAGUACAUUUUCUAAUCAAAGAAUUCGCAUGCCUAAUAAACCCAUAUAUACUUUUAAACCUCAACGUCUAAUGAAGUGUAAUUAUAAAAAACAUUGUGCACCAAGAGAUUAUCCCUUCGCGCGAAGUGGUCAUCGUGUAGUCGCUUCCGAAUCGCAUCUCUAUACAUUAGGUGGUUACAAUCCAAGCAAUAGCAAUGCGGCCAUACAUGGUAGCGGCAUGCUUUUUCAAGAGCUAUGGCGUUUUAAUUUGGCAACUAAACGUUGGGUGCUAUUGCACAAUCCUUCAACGAAUCGAAAUAUGCCAGGAGAGUUGGCAUCAAAUGCGCUUAUCAUUAGUAAUAAUUUAUUAAUCUCUUACGGUGGGACUGGAUAUCCCUUCGGCGAAUCUUGCUCAAAUGACUGCUAUAUUUAUCAAACACAAGUUGAUAAACCCAGUGUUAUGCGUAUUGAGGCAACUGGUGAUGCGCCAACACCACAGUAUGGUCCGGGUAUUGUCUUACACGAACAUUAUUUAUAUACAAUCGGUGGAACAACUGGCUAUGAUUACUCUUGUGAUGUGCAUCGUUUAAAUUUGCGCACACGUGUGUGGGAAUGCGUUUAUAUAUGCCGACCAUAUAUUCGCGAAGAUCCGGAGGGCCGUUACCGACAUGAAGUGGUUUACGAUGGUCAGUACAUCUAUGUGCUCGGGGGUGGUACUUCGAAUUUAGUAUACGAUUUGGAACGGAUUCCUGCAUUUAAUUUGAAAACGAAUCGUUGGGAAUAUUUUGACACCCUACCCGAUAGAUCAUCCCAACCGAAUCAACAAAGUUCACGGCCGGCUUCUGGGUACCCAAAACCAAGAAAGUGCUUUUCCUGCGUCCAGCAUACCACAUCUAAUGGCGAUGUCGAAGCUUUCAUAACAGGUGGCUUACAGUCUGAUCAAGUAUAUUUUGCUGAUAUAUGGAAAUUAAAUUUUACAACUAAACAAUGGACAUUAAUACAAACAGCGGCGCUACCAAAACCAUUGUACUUCCAUGCAGCAGCUCAUAGCCAAAACGGUUGUAUGUACAUAUUCGGCGGUAUUGAAUAUGAUAUUAAGCGUAUACGUCGAUGCAAUGAUCUCUACAAAAUGUGGAUGACCAUACCAAAGUUAAGCGAAAUUUGCUGGGAGGCUGUGUUGCAUUAUAGGCCAAAUCUUAAAGCGUAUGGUCACACACAGCUACUCAAAAUGGGUAUACCACUACGUUUCGCUCAUCGUUUGUGGUAUUCUACCAAAACCAAAUGAUUAUCAAAGAAUUGAAUGGAACUAAUAAAACGCGACGUUUAAUUAACAGUGAUAAUAACUAUUAUUUUUUACUCCAUAGGAACAUUUGGCCAUUAACGCAUUAGUAUUGAAUAAACAAUUAACAGUAGUGGUGAAACAAGCAAAGAAAACACUAUAUAAACAAAACAAUUAUAUUUAUAAAUGGAAAACCUAAUGCUUAUGUAUCGUGUGAUGAAAAUUAUUUGAAAUAUGUUCGUUUAAGAAAAUACAUCGAAAAUAACAAUGAUCAUAACUUACUGUGCGCCAUUAUUCAAUCUUUCUAAUGCAAAUAAGAAUAUCUUAUAAAAUUUAAUAUAUUUCCGGUGCUCUAAAGGAAUGUAUACGAGUUUGGCCAAAGAUACAAGAACUACAGUAGAUAUGUUAUUUUUUACGAAAAGUAAGAAACGCGCUUUCAAAGCUAGUCAUACAUACAUAUUUAUGUAUAUCGGAUGUCAUAGAACUUCACAACAUUAACAUCAAUACUCACGUUUAGAUUGGGCCACAACUCCUUUUGCAUACGCACACGAGCAUACAUACUUAUGUAUUUAUAUACAUAUGUAAUUUAAAAUAAGUUAGUAACACCCAAUUUCAUAAGUGGUCGAGUAGAGUCUGAUAGCUUUGUACUAAUAAUGAACCUACACGUGUAUGUGCGUAUGUUUGCAAUUAGAUUUUCCAAAUAAUAAGUAAUAUAAUUUAUAAAUAUAAUAACCGAAUUUUAACUGCAUAAAAUCAGCGUUUUUGAGCUACACUUUGCGAACUAAUGUUUUGCAAAAUUUGGUUUUGAACUCAACAUGUCUGCAAUAUUUAUGUAAUUUUAGCUUCAGCCAAGUAAUUCGAGCCAACAAAGCAUUGCAAAUAAUUAUGAUAAUGAGAUCAAUGAUAAAGAAUUUAAAAACAAUGAGCAGUUACAAUUGUACAUACAUACUUAAAUAUACAUGUACGAAAAAAAGUAAUGAGGCGCAUAUGCAUAUGUACAUCUGUAUGUAUGUAUCCAUUUUGUGUUACAUACAUACAUAUGUACAUACUACAUACGAGCUUAUUGCCAAGGCUAUGCUAGAAAUUUAGUCUUAGUAUGUAUAAAACAUAUUUAGCUAAAGUUAAUUUUUAAUUGUAAAUAUACUUAUGAUUGCAAUAAAAAACUUUCAGAACAA